ACUAUAAAAUCCUCCGGACGCCUCAUCAAGUGGUCAUAGUGAAAGCAGCGCCGACGCAUACACCCGACUGGAAUACGUAGUGCACCCGACGGGACGGAAACUCAGCAACAUGUUCGCCAAGUGCAUCUCUUCGCUCCUUUGCCUGGCAGUCACCGUCAGUGCUGGUAUCGUCGCGUCUAGCGGAGGACACAGUGUGCAGCAUCGGAAACAGGACGAUUACGGAAACUACCAAUUCGGCUAUGACAUUGUUAACGGUUACGGUGCUGUCAACGGCCGUCACGAAGCUGGAGGCGCGUAUGGUCCCGUGCACGGUUCCUACUACCUCGGAGACAUCGACGGCCGCCACCGGCAGGUGCACUACGUGGCCGACAAGCUCGGGUUCCGCGCCGUCGUCAAGACCAACGAGCCUGGUACAAAGACCAGCGCGCCUGCGUCAGCUCCUUACGUGUCGGCCAAUGGCAAGGCUGUACCUGCGGCUUCGGUACAACCGGCUCCGGUCGCCAUUGUGAAGCCAGUGAUCCCAGCUUACGGCGGACAUCUUGGCUACGGUUACGGAGGAGGCUAUGGGGGAGCCUACGGCCACGCACCCGUCGCCGCUGCUGUGGUCGCGAAGGCUGCCGUUCCGGUGGCUGCUUACGCAGCUGCUCCUCACUACGGUUACGGCAGUGUCGGUGCGCUUGGUCACGGCUACGGGCUUGGCUACGGAGGUUACGGUGGCUACGGGGGCUACGGAGGCUACGGGCAUGGCUAUCUGGGAUAGGCAGUCGCUUCCAAACGAGCUUAUUUAUUGGGAUCAAGGUGACGGGGUAUUUGUUAGUGUCGCAAGUGUUGCCAAAAGCAAGACUUCGUUGUUAUCCAUCUUCAGGUCCCGGUUCCUACAUCAUUUAUUUGCGUGUUCC